CCGAGUGACGGUCUCUUGAGAGCCCCCAGAAGCAGAUUCAGGUGCCGGGAGGGAGGGAGCGAGGGCGGGAGGAUGAAGGAAACCUGCCGGAUCUGCGCCCGCGAGCUGUGCGGCAACCAGCGGCGAUGGAUCUUCCACACGGCAGCCAAGCUGAACCUCCAGGUGCUGCUGUCCCACGUCCUGGGCAAGGAGCUGUGCCGGGACGGCAAGUCCGAGUUCGCUUGCAGCAAGUGUGCCUUCAUGCUGGACCGCAUCUACAGGUUCGACACCGUCAUCGCGCGCAUCGAGGCCCUCUCCAUCGAGCGCCUGCAGAAGCUGCUGCUGGAGAAAGACCGCCUCAAGUUCUGCAUUGCCAGCAUGUACCGCAGGAACAACGAGGAUUCUGGCGCUGAGGACAGAGCUGGGGACGGGACUGUGGACCUUUCGAACCUGCCUGAUGUACGGUACGCAGCCCUGCUGCAGGAGGACUUUGCCUACUCUGGAUAUGAGUAUUGGACGGACCAAGAGGAGCACAGCUUGGAGCCGCACAGCUGCCAUGCCUCAGAGGGAGCGAGCAGCCGCCCGCGGCGCUGCCGUGGCUGUGCCACGCUGCGGGUGGCCGAUGCUGACUACGAAGCUAUCUGCAAAGUGCCACGGAAGGUGGCCAGAAGCAUCUCCUGCGGGCUGUCCAGCCGAUGGUCGGCCAGCAUGGGCAACGAGGAGUCAUCCCUGUGUGACGCGGCCGAGUCCACCAGCGGCAGAGCGCCUGCGGACAGUGAGAGCAUGGAGGAAGGCACGCCUGCGUCCUCCGUGGAGUCCCUGGAUACGGCUGUGGAGGCCAGCCCUCUGCAGCAGAAGGAUGAAGAUGCAGAUAAGGGAGUGAAAGGGAAUGGGAAAUGUGAUGAUUUCUCAGAUGACCGCAUGACCCCAAACUCUUCGCACAGCGGGAACAGGCUGGAGCUGGCCCUCAGUUUGAUCAAGGCUUUGGACUACAAACCCCUUCAGAGCCCCCGAGGCAGCAAGCUGCCUAUUCCUGUGAAGUCCAGUUUGCCCCCUCCCAAGCUCGGCUGUGACUUGGCAGAUGGCAGUGCCUCUGCUGGCUUAGCAUCUGCUGCUUCUGCCUUCCCGAAUGCUGACAGAAAAUCCUUUUCCAGAGCUCCUUUGGGUCUUUCCCUGGAGAUUUCUGAGCUGCAGGAGCUGUGGGACGACCUGUGUGAGGAUUAUAUACCGCUGCGGGUAAAGAACGUGCAGGAUGAGCGUCAGCAGCCGACUCCAGGUGACCCUGCAGCGGGGGAGCACACGUCUGACCUGGGUGCUGCAGAGCUGCAGGGCAAACUCCAGCAGUCUGAAGCUGCCAACAAGUUGUUACAGGAAAAGCUGAAUGAAUUGAGUUUUGAGUUAAAAUCUGUUCAAGAAACAUCGCAGAGGCAAGAUCACACAAUCCAGAGUCUGAACGAGGCCCUGAAGAGCAAAGAGAGUAAGACAGAGGAGCUGUACCGUAUCAUCGAAGGGCAGAAUGAGACCGUGGCCAAGCUGCGGGACAUGUUACACAGAAACCACGUGGGACAGCUGCAGAUGUCAGAGAGCCCACUCUCAUCCCAGGAGCAGCAAAUGUCACUGCUGGAUCUCCAGAACACGCUGUUCUGCACCAAGCUGGAGGUGCAGAAGCUGAAGAGAGCUCAGCGCCAGAGGGAGCAUCAACUGGCUGAAGCCAAGAGAGCCACCCAGCUCCUAGAGACCGUGGUGCAUGAGGAGGAACAGCAGAAAGAGGCAACCUGGAAGCACAACCAGGAGCUGCGUGCUGUAGUACAGCAGCUGCAGGCAGAGCUGCAGGACAAAGCUCGUCAGCUCCAGACCGUGGAGUGGGAGAAGUGCCGUGAGCUGCAGGCCCAGGAGCAGAGUGUCCAACGUUUGAGUCAGCAUCUGGCUCGCAAGGAACAGCUUCUGCAGGAAUCGAGAGAACUUCUGCAAUGCCAGCAAAGCUCGGGAAAGAGCUCUGCAGCUAUGAACGCCAUGUUGGAGAAACUGCAGCAACGAGUCAGCGACAGGGAUGCUGCUCUGGAGCGAGCAGUAGAUGAGAAGUUCUGCGCCCUGGAGGAGAAGGAGCAGGAGCUGCAACAGCUCCGUCUCUCACUAAGGGAGCGUGGAAGUGACCUGGAGAGGCUGCAGGAUGUCCUGUCCAGCAACGAGGCCACCAUUCAUAGCCUGGAGAGCCUCCUGAAAGUCAAAACCCUCGAACUAGAGCAGGUCUCAGCAACCUGCCAAAACCUUCGCUGGCUCAAGGAGGAGGCAGAGGCCAAAUCCUGCAGCAGGCAGAAGGAGCAGGAGGGGAUUAUCCAGCAGCUUCAGACCUGCCUGCAUGACAGGAACAAGGAAGUGGAGGAGCUUACAGCCACUCUGCUGUGCAAGCUGGGCCCGGGGCAGAGGGAGGUAGCAGAGGAGCUGUGCUCACGCCUCCAGCAUAAGGAGAAGAUGCUGCAGGAUCUGCUCAGCGACAGGAACCGUCAGACUGCGGAGCAUGACGCUGAAAUCCGGGAGCUGCUGCAGGCUGUGAGCACCAAGGAGCAGCAGAGCAGAGCAGCUGCUGAGAAGAUGGCACAAGCUUUGGCUGAAAGGAGCUGCGAGUUACAGCUCCUGCGCCAGCACAAGCUGGGGAAGGAGCCUGUCGGGACCCAGGGGGCUGGUGCCAGGCUACUGAAGCAGGACAAACAGCCCACACAAGAGAUACUGCAAAGAGCUGGUGGAGCUACAGCCAUUGCCAGACCCCCCCAGGAGGACAGCAGCUGCGGGACAGAGGGAGCGUUGGCAGCAGAACUGGAGAAGGAUCUUGUUAAUGCCAAAGAGGAGCUGGAGCUAAUGGCCAAGAAGGAAAGGGAAAGCAGGCGGGAGCUCACUGCUCUGCAGUCUGUCCUGGCUGCACAGGAAGAAGAGCUGCAGGUGCAGGCCUCAGAUAUAGAGUCCUUGACCAGGACCAUCCAGAUCAAAGAGGACCUCAUCAAGGAUCUGCAGAUGCAGCUGGUGGAUCCUGAAGAAAUUCCAGCUGUGGAAAGGCUGACACAAGAAGUGCUGGUGCUUCGGGAGAAAGUGGCCAUGGCAGAGUCCCGAGGACAGGAGGCCAGCGGAGACAGAAGGCAGCAGUUGUUACUGAUGCUGGAAGGGCUGGUGGCCGAAAGGAACCGCUUGAAUGAGGCUCUGCAGGCAGAGAGGCAGCUCUACGGCAGCCUGGUCAAGUUCCACACGCACCCAGACAGCGCUGCGAGAGACCACAGCCUGCAGGUGGAGCUGGAGGGCGUCCAGGAGCUACGGGCACGGCUGGAAGAAGCCCUUGGAAGAAGCUUGGAGCGUUUGAGCAGGCUGGAGACCCAGGGCAGCAGAGGAGGUCAGGCCACAGGCUCGGAAGGUGACGGUGCCGGCAGCGGCUUCCCCAGCAGCACCGAGGAGGCAGCGCACGGUGCGGCAACCCAGCACAGCCAGCCCCGGGCCCCUCCGGCAAGCGGGAGCAGCGAAAGGAUCCUGAUCGUGCCGGGCAGCGCGGCACCCGCCGUGCCGGAGCGGGAGCUGCGGGCGGCAGACGAGCUGCGGGAGAUGAAGGCGCAGCUGGAGGAAGCCGGAUUCUCCUCUGUGUCCCACAUCAGGAAGGCGAUGCUGAGCCUGUGCUUGGAGAACGCGGAGCUCAAGGAGCGGAUGGGUGAAGCCACAUCGCUGCUGGAGAGCGGGGAGCAGGAGGAGGCGGGGCUGGGCAGCCCCCCGGCCGCCGAGCCCCGCAGGCUGCCGCGGAGGAGCCGCAGCACGGCCGGGGACGGGCGGGAGGUGCCGGCGGAGAGGGGCGCGGUGCCCGCCAAGCGCCCGGCGCUAGAGGCGCGGUCCCGCGAUGACACGCCCAAGAGACCCUGCCCUGGCGCCCCAGGCAGAGGGGAGGGGAGCCACGUGAACGGCACGGACCCUGGUGGGGGCUGGCCGGGACUGGGUGCAGAGCUGCACUCCCAGGUGGCCCAGGGCCAAAGGCAGUGCCAGGAGCUGCAGGACAAGCUCGCUGCCUCCGAGGCCGUGGUGCGGGCACAAGCCGAGCAGCUGGAGAAGUACCACGUCCUGCUCUGUGAGCCCCAUGCCCAGCAGCUCAGCAAGCAAGUGCAGGUGGACUUCCAGGACCUGGGCUACGAGACAUGCGGGCGAAGUGAGACUGAGGCUGACCGAGAUGAGACCACCAGCCCUGAGUGUGAUGAAGCGGAUGUAUUCAGCGAGCCCAGCCUGGCUGAGGAGCUGGAGUCCCCAUGCCAGCUGGGGGUGCCCAGGCUGGGCAAGGCCGCCCGCAAAGCCAUCACCCCAGAGGAUGUGGGGAUCCUGCACCAGCACAUCCAGGACCUCAAGGCACAGCUGCUCAACGCCAACAAGGUGAUCCAGAGCCUGCAGCGCCGUGCCCGCUCCGUCUCCGUCACCAGCGGCUACGCCUCGGGUGCUGAGCGGCCGCCGGCGGCUCCUACGGCCCUGGCAUCCCCGGCACACAGCCUCACGGAUGAGGACGAGGGCUGGCAGUCGGACGGGCACGGCAGCCUGUGCCCCCCAGCCCUGCGGGCGCACCGCGAUCUGCAGCGCCUGGGGCAGCGCGUCGCGCUCCUGGAGGCACAGCUGCCCGCUGCCGGGCCCGGAGCCGCCCUGCCGAAGGAGCUGCACUCCGCUACUUGGCCAGGGAAGUACGACUCGCUGAUCCAGGCGCAGGCUCGGGAGCUGUCCCAUCUGCGGCAGCGGCUGCGGGAGGCCGGCGGGCUGAGCCGCAGCCUGGCGCAGCACCUGCGCGACGCUCUGCGCUCCUUCGAGGAGCUCCUCCGCGGCACUGACAUCGACUACUACCUGGGCCAGGGCUUCCGGGAGCAGCUGGCCCAGGGCAGGCAGCUGGCUGAGAGGCUCCGAGACAAGCUGGGUAGCAGAGAUCGACAAGAUGAGGAGGAUAAAACCAGCCACGAACUCUUGGCACUGAGGCUCAGCCGGGAGCUCCAGGAGAAGGAGAAGGUGAUUGAGAGCCUGGAGGCGAAGCUGCAGGAGCGCUGUGAUUCCCCUGGCAGCAGCCGCCCGCCCUCUGAGUCAUCCUGCUCUGCCACCAGCUCCUCCUUCCUGUCUGAGGGGCUGGAGCCCUGCUCUGAUGGGGACGUGGGCAGCGAGUACAGCCAGUGCCAGCAGGAGCCCACCCCCCUCACAGGCCUUCACUUGGACUCCCUGUCCAAACCUGUUAGUGCCCCUCUGCCUGUGCUGCCCCCCUUCCUACCUGCGGGGCCCCCCCUUCCCAUGGCACCCCCGCUCCUGGGCUGCUGUGGGACCCCCAUCUGUUCCCUGGCUGAGGUGCAGCAGGAGCUGCAGGUGCUCCAGAGGCAGCUGGGAGAAAGUGUGACGCUGCCCUUGGCACCGGCCAAGUCCACAGUCCCCCUGGGCCCUUUUGGAGAGGGCAGCACAGCCCCGGUGUCUCUGUGCCACCACGGUGUGCUGCCAAGCCUGGCUGAGGCCCCCGGGGCCACCAACACCCGCAGCCCCUGGGACGUGGCCCAGUCGCUGUACGGGGCCCUGCCAUCAGGGUACCCCUCCAGCCAGAAGCUAACGGGAGCAGACCUGCUGGAGGAGCACUUGGUGGAGAUCCGCAGCCUGCGCCAGCGCCUCGAGGAGUCCAUCUGCACCAACGACCGGCUCCGGGAGCAGCUGGAGCGACGCCUGGCCUCCGCCGGCAAGGCCAGUGGCUUGCCCAGUGACGUCUCUGCCCAAGCACCAGAGCCAGGGCUGCAGUGGAGCGGGGAGAACCAGGCUCUGCGCGAGGACAACCGGUCCCUGCGGCUGCAGCGGGAGCAGCUCUCCCAGGAGCUGGCGCGGGUGCAGGAGGCUCUGCUGGCUGCCUGCUCCCGAGCACGGGAGGCUGAGGCAGAGCUGGGCCAGUGGCGAGGGGAGCAGCGGAGGCUGGUGGAGGAGCUCGCCCAGUGCCAAGAGAGCAUCCGGCAGCUCCGGGACGAGCGGCACUCUCUGCAGGAGGACAACAACAGGCUGCAGCACACGGUGACGCUCCUGCAGCAGCAGAGUGAGGAGCAGCAGCUGCUCCUGCAGACCCUGCGCGCAGAGCUGCACGUCUACGAGAGCCUCCCGGGCCCCUCAGCUGAGACCCGUGCAGGCUGCUUCCCAUCUCCUCCGGUACGGGACGUUGGCACAAGCUCCGCAGUUCCCCUCUUCUCCUCGCUGCCCUCUGACACAUCAGCAGCCCAGAGGAUGGACGAGCCCCCCGGCACAGACCCGCUGCUGAGGAAGAACGAGGGACCGGCUGGGCCUCACGUCAUCGCGCACCUGGACACGUACCGGGCCCUGGAGCGGCACAUCCUGGAGGGGAAGGCGCUGGCCCACGAGCUGAUGCGUGUCUCAGGCGCGGCGCUCGGGCUGCCCCGCUGCCCACUCCCAGGAAAGCAGGCCCCGGGACAGCUGUGGGGCAGCGCCAGCGCCCUGCACCGCGUCCUGGAGCGCUGCGCGGCACUCCUCGCGGCCUUCUGGAGCGGGACGUGGCUCCCCGGUCCCGCCCGGCGCCAGCCCCAGGAGCAGGCGCUGCACGGUGAGAUCACGGCGCUGCGGGCGCAGCUGGCCGAGCGGGAGGAGGCUCUGCAGAGCACGGCCCAGCGGCUGCGCAGCGCGGCUCGGCUCAAGGACACCAUGGAGCACUUCAUCGUCAGCCAGCUGACCAGGACCCACACUGUGCUGCGCAAAGCCAGGACAAACCUGGAGGUGAAGGCCCAGCAGGCCCUGCCCGUGGCAUGAGCGAUGUCCCUGACCCUGGAACCAUGCCACGCCGGAGGGCUAGAGCUGGCCCGGCUACUGCCAAAGGCUGGGGUGGGCAGGGGUCUGGGGAUGGGGUAGGGCUGCAGAGUUCGUGGAUUUGGUUCCUGUGGUGGUCAUGUGCCCACUGCCCGCUUUUGCUUGGCAUCGCAGCAGCUGCUACCUUGGGCUUUGCCUGCCCUGUGCUUUAGUACUUGUCCCCCCUUCCACCCAUGUUGCUCAGAGCAGGGCACCAGAGCCCUCUGCCUUGAGCAGGUGUGCCCUGGGGCUGGGUGCUGCCUGCCCCUGCUCCCAGCUUGAUGUGUAUGUGUAUGUAUAUGUACAGACAGAGGGGUCAGAGCUGUAUUUUGGGCGCUCACCAGGCAUGUUGGGGCCCCAGUGCAGGAAGAAGAUGUAGAAAUGUCUCAUUCUGUCCCCGUGGCUGGAGAGUCCCCAAUAAAGGUUUCCUUUGA